AUGGGUGAAUUUAUGAAUUUUUUGUCAAGAGACUUUAGUCGACUCCUCGAAAAGAGCGAUAAUUUUGACGUUUCCAUUGAAAUUGGAGUCGAACCUGAUAAAAAAGUCUUUAAGGCCCAUUCGGUCAUUCUUCGUGCUAGGUCCAGUUAUUUUGAUCGUGCACUUUCCAGCAAAUGGGCUCAAGUUGAAGAUGGAUCAAUUAAAUUCAAGAAAACUGACAUUUCGCCAGCUGUUUUCUCAGUAAUUUUGAACUACUUGUAUGGCGGCAAAAUCUCGCUCGACCAAUACAGCGCUUCACUUAUUCUCGAGAUGCUGGUUGCUGCGGACGAAUUCAAUCUCGAAGAUAUUUUCGAACACAUUCAAAAAUAUUUGAUUAAUAAUAGAAGAGCUUGGCUACAACAAAAUUUAGCUCAUGCUCACCGUAUUGCUUUGGAGCAUAGUUCUUUUAACAAGCUUCAAACUUUUUGUAUGGAUAUUCUUCUUAAAGAACCCGAAAAAGUAUUUCAAUCUAAAGAUUUUGGAUUGCUUCGGGAAGAAAUUUUACUAAGACUUUUAGAAAUUGACGAAAUUCGUAUGGAAGAAUUCGAUAUCUGGAAUUUAGUAAUUGAUUGGGGGCGCAUACAUAAUCCGAAUUUGCCUGACGAUGUUGCAGAUUGGAGCGACGAACAAUCUGAGGCCAUGAAAAAUACGCUCGCUCGAGCUUUGCCACUUAUUCGUUAUUUUGAAAUUUCGUCAGAGCAAUUCAGUGAAUUUGUUUUACCUUAUCAACAGAUCCUCCCAAAUCAUUUAGCUCAUAGUAUUAUCCGUUAUCACCUAGCUCCAAAUCAACCUCUUGCAGAAAAUAUUAUGCCAGCACGACGAGGAAAUAUCAAUUCAAAAAUAAUCUCUUCUAAACAAGCAGCCCUUAUCGCGAGUUGGAUUAACCGAAAUCGUGAAUUACCGGCUUUCGGAUGGCGUCCUUAUGCUGCAUCUGAAAAUCCGUAUGAAUUCAAACUAUUGAUGAGAGGCAGUCAAGAUGGGUUUACUGGUCAACAUUUUCACUCUCGUUGCGAUAACAAAGGAGCAACAGUUACAAUAGCCAAAGUUAAAGAUACCCAUGAAAUACUUGGUGGUUAUAACCCUUUGAAUUGGCUUUGUGAUGGAAAGUAUCAAUCUACAACAAAUAGUUUUAUUUUCUCGUUUAUUAAUAGAAACGCAGUCGUUAGUCGCGUAAGCAAUCAAUAUCAAUCUUAUGCUAUUUAUUGCUGCACCGAUAAUGGACCUCGUUUCGGUAAUGAUCUUGCUUUCAAUGGGGAUUUUAAGAAUCAGCAAUCGAGUUAUUGCGUUCAAAAUUACUAUGAACUUUCUGUGAGACCAACUGCGAGCUCAAAUAAUUUUUCAGUAGAUGAGUUUGAAGUCUUUCAAAUUGUCAAAAAGCAAUUAGUCAACAUCUGA